AUGCAGCAACAGGAAUCGACAAGCCCUCCCGGGUGGGCGCGAACGCUGCUACAGCAGAUAGCACAGACCCAGGCUAUGCAGAACGAAGAAAGGGAGCGGCGUCACCAGCAAGAUGCUGCUCAAGAGGAGCGGAUGCGUCGCCUCGAGGCAAUGCUGGAGCAGCAGGCCUCACCAGCCGCAACGACGACCACAACGAACGAAGAGCAGGCGACACCAGCGCGAUCGGCCGCCGAAUCGGUGCCGAUUCCCCCCGAACUGAGACGAUUCACCGACCGAAGCCACGCCUACCAGACCCAAAACCAUUCGGUGGAAGCACGAGCGACUGGCCAACCUGGCGAAUUUCGAUUGAGAACAAGCUUAGCACUAGAGAAGCUAGCAUGGAAGAACACUGGAACCUUUGUGAAACUCCGCCGAAACACUGGCGAACCGCAGGCCUUGCUCGAUUUCCUUGAGAGUAUCUACGGAGACCCGAAUAUUAAGGCACGCGCAGCAAGACGACUCCACCAGAUUCGACAACCAGAGGAUAUGAGCUUUUCUAGAUUCCUUCCCCGACUAGAGAAGGAGUUCGCGGAUGCAGACGCUCUUGAAUGGCACGACGAAGCAAAAAGGCAGAUCCUUCUUAGCGCGCUCAAUAAGACCAUGACGAACGCGUUAAUGAAUCGAGGUAUCCCUGCUACCUCGUCGGGCCUAAUCUCCCGGCUCCACGAGAUCAGCUCGGAUAUAGAUGCCCUUAAUAUCAACAGAGAGGAACGAACACGUCGUCCGCGCUCGACUAGGCAGAAUAGCGACGAAAUGGAUUGGGCACCGACCGUGUCGGUAAACCGUGCCGAACCACACACGAAACACCGCCGACCCGAAAGUGGAACACCGAAGCAAGCUCAAUGGGUCAGCCAGGACGAGAUAGAUCAGCGACGGGCCGAAGGGAAAUGCUUACGAUGCGGGAGAUCUGGACACCUUAUCGCGAGGUGCGCGUUACUACCAGCACAACGGCCGAAUAGUGCGCGUAUCGCUACUUCCUCGAGCAAGAAAGAAAAGGGGCGCACAGUUAAAGUGAAGAGGUCGAAGCCUACGAGUGACCUAGAUCUAACGACUUCCGACGACGAGAGUGUGACCACCGAGGACAAUUCGGAAAAGAGAGUAGCUCCUGUUCUAAGCCGCGAGCAGGAGCGAAAGGGGGUCGAAAAGCUACUAGAACCGGUUGCCGCUGUUAUGCAACAGUGA